AUGCCGGCCAACGAACGAACUGAACGAUCCCACGAAGAAAACCAGGAGAGGGCCUACAUUGCCGCGUCGAGACGAGCUGAUCGAAGCUUAGAAGCUAGAGUACAGUCUGCUCGACAGGCGUCAGAGAUCCAUCGACGACGGACAGGUCGAGGACUGAAAGUGAGCGAGGAAAUCGUGCUAAAGGAAGAAAUGUAUGAGGAGGAGGAAGACGACCUUCCCAGACACUACAAGUACCUAACUGCUCAUCUACAAACGAAUUCUCCAGACAUGAAUCACCGUGUGAACGCGUACAUCACCACUCAAGCUGCGAUGGCUACCAUGGCUAGGUAUAACGAGGUCAACAGACUUUUUAGCGAAUCAUUCCCCACAGCAAUGUCAUAUCAACAGAACUUAGCCAAUUCCAUGUAUAUGGCACCGCUCAUGAAACCUGAUACGAACUUCUCGCAUCGGAUGUCUACUUCGAGCUCUAGUCAGGGAUCUCCAGCGACCCGAACACAGUCUAUCUCUUCUCAGUCACAGUCUGACAAGAGGGAUUCUAUUGCGGCUGGGAGCCCGAUUUCUACUUCGGCCACGACAAUAUCAUCCCCACCGGCAUUGACGCCUGCGUCUUCAACCGAUGUAGACGCGUCCGAUACCAAGAGCACGCCAUAUCAAACGCCAUCCGCGUUCUCGCCCCUCCAUCUUGACCCCCAACUAGCACAGCAGUCGACAUUCUCCUCCGUCUUCACUUCCGAGCUGCCAAACGACGUUAAGAUGAUGGCCAACAUCGACAUGAACGAUCCGAUGGCGAUGCAUUUCUUAGACGGCAACCCGUCGACUUAUCAGAUGUUUGGGCCCUACCCCGGCGAGCUUACAUCACAGGACGACAGCGCUAAAGCCGGCACCGCAGAUCAGGAGCCGAAUGCGUUCUCGUCUCAAAAUGUGCCCAUCCCGGACGAUUGCUUUGCCUCUUCGAUAGAGGGCUCCAUGGGACUCUUGGAUGUUCCGAUCGACGGCUAUAGCCGUCUGGGCACCCCCGCCGGCGGAACAGGAGGAGACGCCUGGGAGAGCUUUGUCGACUUCGGAUCCGAGCAAUAA